UGUUGUCCUCCCAGUGGCUGAUAUCAAUCGACAUUGGCAUAAGUUGCUGAACUCCGGACUCAGAUAUUGACAACCAGCACUCUCCAAAUCCACGACAGAUAGAUAGCCUUUCCAGACAACUCCUUCCUCCAUGUCAGAAUCGGCGUCUAGCAUAAUGGACAAAGAUCACGAGGUGGCUGCCGACAUCUUGGAAGCCGCCUUCUCAGCAGGACGAAAGUUGAAAGAGGUACUCGACGCUGCAAAUGAAGACAUCAAGGAUGGCGUGGAAGAAAUCAGCAACGAUCUGGUCCUCCAACUUGGCAGACUAGAACGUCUACGAAGCACUCUGCCAACCAAGGAGAUUGAGGAUGUCUCUGUUGCGACAUUUAGUUGCACUUCUGAACCCACGUUUGUGCCGUGGAAGGAGGCCAGCAGCUUGGAGUCGCCAGCAAGGGAACAUGUUGCCAUCCAGAUUCCCAGCAAGCAGCCGACUUCCGAGGACCUGAACCCCUUCAGGCGCGACAGAGAACAGAUAGUCCUUUCCGACCGUCGAAAGGAGCCCGGGUCUGACCCAGACAACGUGAAGCACUCAGUUCCGGAAUCCGCCGCCGAGAAGAAGCGGCCUUUUCGGCGCGUGGGCUUGCCGAGGGACUCUCAACCGUUGGAAGAGCUUCCUGACCGCAUUCGUAUAUGCUCCCAGCGCCUGGCCAUAUUCCUUGACUACAACAUCCACGAUACGACCCUCAACUGGAGCUCGUACCGAAGGACCCCGUUCAUCAUUCCCAGGCCUUUCAAAUUCCUGGUGAAGAAAGGCGACUACAUCCGACAGGAACUUGCCACGCUGGAACAAUUCCGACAGAGGCUCUUCCCUGGGCACACCGAAGAGAUGCACGAGGCCGCAUGGAAAGCUAACGCUCCCGAGGACGACCUGCCUCCCGUGGUAGUCGAUCCGAAGGGUCUUGAACCCGUCCAUCUCACGGCGCUGAUCAAGGACCUGCGCUGCCUGACCACGUUCAUGGACGGCUACAUCGCGCCGAGCCUCACGAUCGGCGAGGUCGACCACGUCUACUUCUCGGAUCUGUGGUUUGUCUUUCCCGCCCGGUCGCUCAUCUACAUGCGCGACAAGAAGGUCCCGCAGAAGAUCUGGAAGGUGAUCCAGCGCACCGGCGGAUCCCACGUGUCGACUACUGGGGCCGAGGGCUCAGAACGACCGGGUGGUGACCGCACCCAAGGCGGGUUCCAGCCCUUCGUGAUUGACUGUUUCCACCUUGACUACGAUGGCACGCGCUACGUGCACACGUACUGCCGCGUACAGAUCGACUAUUUCGAGGACUGCCAGCCGAUCGCGUCGCUGCCCGUGAUGCCCAUCAGGGCCGCCGAAAAGGCGGGCCUGGUCGACCGACAGGCUCUCGUGGCGCGCGGCCGCGAGUUUACCAGCUGCACCCGGCCACGGCACAAGCAAUACGCCGGGCGCAACCAGAUCCUGCGCCCCAACGGGGCCAAGCUGCAUGAGAAGGACGCCGACGUGCCCGAGAACGCGGCGCGCUAUGCAGAAUGGAUCGAGAGUGAGGUCAUGGUCGACUUUGAGCGCGCGCUGCAGGAGAUGCCUGGCUGGCGGCCGGGGGUCAACGAGCUCGAGCUCUUCAAGGCCAGUGCCGCCCGGCGCGACUACACGGGCAUCGACAUCGACACGGUCUGGGAUGCCAAGCUGUCGGAGCAGGUCGUCUAUGAGGAGUGGGAGAAGUGCCAGCGGUGGGACAAGGAGCGCACCAACCCGUCUGAGGAAGAGGAUUUGCUGCUUCUGCCCGAGAGGGUGUUCGCCUUUGUCUUUCGAACCAGGAAAUGGGCUUGCCUCCAGCUUGGCAGAGACAAUGAUGGGGAUGAGAUGCUGAAGGAAAAGACGUGUCGACCGGAGCCGUGGAAUGACCUCCAGCUGCCGGACGGCCAUAAGCGCUUGGUUCAGUCGCUGAUAGAGUCGCAUUCUUCAAAACAAGGCCCGCGCAACCUACACUUCGACCUCGUUCGGGCCAAGGGCAAGGGCGUCACCAUUCUUCUGCACGGCGUGCCCGGCGUCGGAAAGACGUCUACAGCGGAGUGCGCGGCGGAGGCGAACAAUCGUCCAUUGCUUCCUAUUACUUGCGGUGACCUGGGUGCCACGCCCAGGGAGGUGGAGAAGAAGCUAGAAGAAGCCUUCCAGCUCGCCCAGCUCUGGAACUGCGUCUUGCUCCUCGACGAAGCCGACAUCUUCCUGGCCCAGCGCAACGAGAAUGACAUAGCGCGGAACGCCAUGGUCUCUGUCUUCCUGCGAGUACUCGAGUACUACGAGGGUAUCCUCUUCCUAACCACCAACCGUGUCGGCGUCUUCGACGAGGCCUUCAAGUCGCGCAUCCACCUACCGCUCUACUACCCGUCGCUCGAGUGGAAGUACACCAAGAAGAUUUGGCACACGCACCUGCAGAAGCUCAAGGGGAGCAGUCUGAUCGAGGUGGAUGUGGAAGACAUCCUGGCCUAUGCCGAAAAUUUCUUCGAGCGCCAGAGCGCUCACAACUCCAAGAUCGGCCCUGUGUGGAACGGCCGGCAGAUCCGCAACGCCUUCCAGAGCGUCGUGGCGCUGGCCGGCUACAAAGCCCAAGCCGAUAGCGGAGGUGCGGGUGGGCGCAUCCGAAUCGACCGCGAGCACUUUGAGCGCGUCUCCAAGGUGUCCAAUGAGUUCAAUCAUUACAUCUGGAGCAUCAAGACGCAGACCGACGCUGACAAGGCCGAGCGCCAUGGCUACCGCUUCGACCGCUACCAGACCGACGAGACGAUCCACAUGAAACCCGUGGUGCAUCCCGAGGCGCCCGGCCAGCGGAGCGCCCUGACGUUUGGGCAGAAGCUGACGAGCGCGGCGCAGGGCAGCGGCGGGCUGUCGGCCAUGAAUAGCCACUUCCAGACUGGAUUCGCGCAACAGGGUUUCUCGAACCACCAUGCGAUGCCGAACAACUUCGCACAGCCGCAAGGGUUUGGGCAGCAGGCGCUCGGGCAGCAGGUGCUCGGGCAGCAAGGUGGGUUUGGGGCACCUCAAGGUUUUCAAAGUGCACAGCAGAACGGAUUCGGACAACAACCGGGCCCCGGACAGCCGGGCUGGGGACAGCAACAGGGCUUCGGACAGCAGCAGGGAGGCUUUCCCACCAUGCAGAAUGCCGCCCCUGGAGCUAUGCAGCCACAAGCACAGCAAGCUUCUCAGGUUGGGCACGCCUAGGUAGUAGGCAGAUAUGAUGAUGCAGAUGAUUUUCAGCUUGUGAGUCAGCGAAGUUAGCAAGUACAUACCAAAUAGUAUGGCCGACCUUCCAUCCACCCA